CAUCACUAUAAAUCCACAUUGGAUGUAUUCCGUUUAACGCCCGAUAAACUUAACAAAACUCUCGAUGAGCUAGUAAUGUUUCUGGCCCAGGGUUAAAAUCCACAUUUUUUGAUUCAGAGAUUGACAAAAUUUGUAGUGAUUUCAUUCGUAUCCAAUUGGCGGGACGAUUAUUCAUUGUAAUCUUUGGAUGUCAUCUAGGAACAAUGAGUUCUGACAUGGAAAAGUAUUUGGUGGAGCUAGGAAGUAAAAUUCUGUGUAGGAAUAAUGUUUUGAAGCAAUUGUAUUAUUUAAUCGGAAACAAAGAUGAACCGAAGCCUGAAAGUAUAUUCCUGUAUGGGCAUGUCUCGACAGGAAAAUCCUUCGUUAUUGAGAAUUUACUCUCGUAUCUAAAAUAUAAUCAUUCUAUUAUAAAUUGUAUCGAGUAUCAAACCAGUAAGCGGAUAUUCGAAUAUAUUUUGGUGGAUUUAUCAUCGCAUAAGUUAAGUUCAGAGGAUAACUUUGCUGUGUAUAAAAAAUGUGAUAACUUUUUGGAUUUUAUACUUCAACUCAAAGACAUCGUGGGGAGUAAUGGUGAUCCUGUCAUUAUUGUAUUCGAUAAAUGUGAAAGAAUGAGGGAUAUGGAUCCUAAUUUAUUGCCAGCAUUUUUACGAUUAAAAGAAUUGUCAGGAAUUAAUGUCUGCACCAUUUUUGUGAGCGACAUUGUCUGGGAAAAGUUUCACUCAAAGACAGGAAUGCUUGAACCUAUAAAAGUUUAUUUACCACAGUACACUCGGGAUGAAAUGGCUAAAAUUUUAUUCUUAAACAAGCCACAGAGUAAUGAUGACAGUUUUUAUAAGAAUUAUAUAAACCUUUUUCUGUCGGUGUUCUUUCGAUUUUGCAGAGACGUAAAUGAACUCCGAUACAUGGCUAUGAUUAAUUUUAAAAAGUAUGUAGAGCCUGUAGAAAGUGGUCAGCUUGAUAGCAACGAUGUGAGCGCAUUGUGGCGUAACAUUUCCAGUAUUUUAAAGAAAAAUCUUGAAGUAAUUUAUUUAAGAGUGUCAACAGAUGAUUUUCAGGAUCGUGCUCAGCUGUCGGUAGAAAUUGAAUCAACAACAAAGUUAGCUCUAAGCUUCGAAUUACCAUUUUAUGCCAAAUACUUGCUGAUAGCCGCUUUCUUAGCUUCCUAUAAUCCCGCUAAAGAGGAUAAACGAUUAUUCUUGAAGCAAAGUUCUAAGAGAAAAAAAAGAAUUCCUACUAACAAAAAGCCUAUCAUCGCCAGGAUGUCUUCAGGCCCUCGUCAAUUCCCACUGACUCGAAUGCUUGCAAUUUUCUGUGCUAUAAUCGAUGAGAAAGUAGAUCUUAAUGCCAGUUUACUUGCACAAAUACCAACUAUGUGCAAAUUAGGUUUGUUAGCUGAAAUCGGGGAUAAUAAUUUAGAUGAGCCCAAAUUCAGAUGCUGUGCUGGUUACGAUUUUAUUUUAGUUAUCUCUAAAACGGUUGGCUUCAGUAUUUCUAACUACCUAUAUGAUUUGAUACAUUAACACUGCGUACAUUAAUAUACACUUUUCAUUGUUGCACUCAAUUUGAUGUAGCUUUAUUUAUUGUGCCAAUGGCUUAUAAAUUGUUUUUGUACUCUCAUCAUGUAUGUACAAUAAACAAAAGGACUGAAAAUUGGUGAUUUAUCUUUAACUCAUUUGUCGUAUCAUUGCAUGCAUAAUCACCUAGUGUAUUAAAUAAAUUAUUUUAAACGAAAAAUGUAUUUCUUAGAAAAUCAAGGAACAAUUUAGUACUAUUCUCGAGUCUUGGUAUU